AUGGCCCGGCCACUGAACAUGGACACCUUGCAACAGAACUUCUGGAAAGAGGAAUACCUCAAGGAGAUCAUGCUGCGCGUCGGCUGGCACCAGAAGUACGGGGCCCUGGUCAAGGCCAAGCAGGGGCGCCAACGUGAGCGGCACAAGAAGGCCGCGGAGGCGACCCUCAAGCUCCCCUCAGUGAAGGCCCCGCCUCUGGAGAAGCCCAAGAGCCCUCCGCCUCGUCCCGUGGAGCCCCGCAAGGAGCGUGAUCUGAUGGGGAUUGACGCGAAGGUGCUGGAGACCGAGAUGAAACCGGCCCUUCGGGAAGUGCGGUCCCUGUUGUACCAGGGCAUCUCCCACGAGGAUGAGGGGCGCUAUCGCUACCUGCAGACGCGAGCUCUCCUCCGGCCGGAGGACAAAUACACCUUUCCCAUCACCACCAACUUCAACUACGGCUGGCAGAUGGGGAACAUGGCCUGCACUUACGUGGCCCCCACGCCCAAGUGCCGCAUUGACAGUUUCUUCCGCAAGAAUGGGGCCUUCUCCAUGUUGCACCCACGGGACGUGGCCCUCUGAGCAAGGUGUUC